AACAUGCUCUUUGAGGGCUUGGAGCUGGUGUCGGCACUGGCCACCCUUGCCGCGUGCCUGGCGUCGGUGACGCUGUUGCUGGCCGUGUCUCAGCAGCUGUGGCAGCUGCGCUGGGCUGCUACCCGCGACAAAAGCUGCAAACUGCCCAUCCCCAAGGGCUCCAUGGGCUUCCCGCUCAUCGGAGAGACCGGCCACUGGCUGCUACAGGGUUCGGUCUUCCAGUCGUCGCGGAGAGAGAAAUAUGGCAACGUGUUCAAGACGCACUUGCUCGGGCGGCCACUAAUCCGCGUAACUGGCGCAGAGAACGUGCGCAAGAUCCUCAUGGGUGAACAUCACCUCGUGAGCACGGAGUGGCCGCGCAGCACGCGCAUGCUGCUAGGCCCCAAUACGGUGUCUAACUCCAUUGGCGACAUCCACCGCAACAAGCGCAAGGUCUACUCCAAGAUCUUUAGCCACGAGGCUCUGGAGAGCUACCUGCCAAAGAUCCAGCUGGUGAUCCAGGACACACUGCGUGCGUGGAGCAGCCACCCUGAGGCCAUCAACGUGUACCAGGAGGCGCAGAAGCUCACCUUCCGCAUGGCCAUCCGGGUGCUACUGGGCUUCAGCAUCCCUGAAGAGGACCUGGGGCACCUCUUUGAGGUCUACCAGCAGUUUGUGGAGAAUGUCUUCUCUCUGCCUGUCGACUUGCCCUUUAGUGGCUACCGGAGGGGCAUCCAGGCACGGCAGACCCUACAGAAAGGGCUGGAAAAAGCGAUCCGUGAGAAGCUGCAGUGCACCCAGGGCAAGGACUACUCAGACGCACUGGACAUCCUCAUUGAGAGCAGCAAGGAGCACGGGAAGGAGAUGACCAUGCAGGAGCUGAAGGAUGGGACCCUGGAGCUGAUCUUCGCAGCCUAUGCCACCACGGCCAGCGCCAGCACAUCUCUCAUCAUGCAGCUGCUGAAGCACCCGGCCGUGCUGGAGAAGCUGCGGGAGGAGUUGCGGGCCCAGGGCAUCCUGCAUAGUGGCGGCUGCCCCUGUGAGGGCAGUCUGCACCUGGACAUGCUCAGUGGGCUGCACUACCUUGACUGUGUCAUCAAGGAGGUCAUGCGCCUGUUCACACCUAUUUCUGGUGGCUACCGCACCGUGCUGCAGACCUUUGAGCUUGACGGUUUCCAGAUCCCCAAAGGCUGGAGUGUCAUGUACAGCAUCCGUGAUACCCACGACACAGCGCCUGUGUUCAAAGACGUGAAUGUGUUUGAUCCCGACCGAUUCAGUCAGGGGCGGAGUGAAGACAAGGAUGGCCGCUUCCAUUAUCUCCCGUUUGGUGGUGGUGUCCGGACCUGCCUGGGCAAGCACCUGGCCAAGCUGUUCCUGAAGGUGCUGGCAGUGGAGCUAGCCAGCACUAGCCGCUUCGAGCUGGCCACCCGGACCUUCCCCCGCAUCACCUUGGUCCCCAUCCUGCACCCCGUGGAUGGCCUCAGUGUCAAGUUCUUUGGCCUGGACUCCAACCAGAACAAGAUCCUUCCAGAGACGGAGGCCAUGCUGAGCGCCACAGUCUAACCAUGCUCCUCCCCACACCCCUGCCUCAGCCCAGCACAGGCAGUGGGGGUAGGGGCGAUGGGAGGGUAGAAACCUGUGUGUGGGAGGGGCUGGGGCCCAGGGAAGGGUAAGCACUCCUCCAUACCUUGCCCUCUCCUGUUCCCUGUCCUGGCAAACCCUUCCCAAAGCC